AGAAUUGAGUCGGUGCAGUAUACAUACAAUAUUUGGAACGCUCUGCUCAUUUUAAUAGAAAAUUUACAUUUUUAAUUCUAUAUGGACUGAAUAAUGAAUGAUUGCUUGAACAUUAUUCGAUCAUCAGUGAACAAGAAUUGAAUCAUUAUAUUGUGUGUUAUUUCUCGAAAGUAGGACAAAUAGACAAAUUCCUUUAUAGAAUAUGGAUGGAAAAAUGAAAGAGCCGGCGAAAGUAGAACAAAUUAUUUUACAAAAUAUGGAUGGAAAAAUUAAAGAGCCCAUCCCGAUUUCAAUCAAAAAGUUCAAUUACAAAAUACCUGUGAUCGAAUCCGUGCCUAUAAUUGGUCUUAGAAAUGCUACGAUAUUGAUCGGAGUCAUAGCAGCGAUAACCAGUAUUGGAUCACUUGUAUGGACUCUCAUGCCACCCGUGAAACUGGCUGUAAUACCGGCAUUGAACUUGGUUUGGAGUAUUCUUAUGAUCAUUGGAGCUGUAACUGGAAAACGGCAAUUGAUUUGGCCAGCACUGGCAUCAUCGGCAAUUGGAGUUGCCAUCCUGGUAGUAUUUGUGAUCAUCGACGGAUUAAUUUUCUUGGUCUUAGUAGUAAUUGAAUGGAAAUUCUCAGCAUCAGUCUAUCUUAAAGCGCUACUUGAAACUCACAUAGAUACACUUGACUGGGAAUUUGUCCUAUUCGAAUUUUAUUUACUCGUUUGUCUUGCAGCGGUUGUUAUAGGAUUCUGGAUUAUUGUGUAUUCAGAAGUCUCUGUGAAAACUCCUAAAAAUGAUGAUAAGAUUGAAGAAACCGAAUACAAAUUCGACUCAUCUCCAAUUGAACUUUGAGUUUUGAUUGGAAAAUUCUAGUUUUUCACAGAUUUACAAGAAAUGUAUGAAAUAUUUUUGAUAAACUUUGAUGUUUUUAUGCUUAUGGAAUUAAGGU